GUCAGAGACGCCCCUCACCUGGCUCGACAGACAAACCAGUAAUCCUCAGAUCCUGAGUGUGACAGCUUCUGCGCUUGGUUUUGCUCCUCCGGCUGUUCAGUAUUAGCACAAUACAAGCAUUUUGUAGUUUGUGCCUUUCCAGAUUUGCACGAUAAUUUCGCCAGGCGUUACACCAAUUGACUGUUAGCAGCUCUUUCCGGCUAACUUAUUAACCGGUAAACAACACAACGGCCAGCUGACGGAGCACUGAGCUGUUAGCCUACUAGCCCAGCUGUCUUUCCAGUCGGACUGCCCUUUGUCUUUACAAGCAAGUGAGCUAGCAGGCGUUGUUUCUUCUCUGGGUCAGCUAACACCGGCUUUUGCAAUUUUAUUUUUCGCCUGACAAGAGUUAAGCAAACCAAGAUAGGCGGCUUGGGAACCAAGAUGUCGAACCGAGUGGUGUGCAGAGAAGCAAGUCACGCCGGGAGCUGGUACUCUGCUUCGGGAUCCCAGCUGAAUGCACAACUAGAGGGCUGGCUGUCCCAAGCACAGUCCACGAUCAGACCUGCUAGAGCCAUCAUAGCGCCGCAUGCAGGGUAUACCUACUGUGGUGCUUGCGCAGCACAUGCCUACAAGCAGGUUGAUCCCUCUAUUACUCGUAGGGUGUUCAUCCUGGGACCUUCACACCAUGUGCCCCUCUCCCGCUGUGCCCUGUCACCUGCAGACAUCUAUAGAACACCUCUCUAUGACCUGAGAAUCGACCAGAAGGUUUAUGCUGACCUCUGGAAAACUGGGUUGUUUGAGCGGAUGAGUCUGCAGACAGAUGAAGAUGAGCACAGUAUUGAAAUGCACUUGCCUUACACUGCUAAAGCCAUGGAGAGCCACAAAGACGAGUUUAGCAUCGUCCCUGUGCUUGUGGGAGCCCUGAGUGAAUCUAAGGAGCAGGAAUAUGGGAAGCUGCUCAGCAAGUAUCUGGCAGACCCCUCCAACCUUUUCAUCAUCUCAUCUGACUUCUGCCACUGGGGUCAGCGGUUCCGUUACACAUACUAUGAUGAAUCUCAAGGGGAGAUCUACAGGUCUAUCGAGCAUCUUGAUAAAAUGGGGAUGGGCAUUAUAGAGCAGCUGGAUCCCAUGUCUUUCACCAACUACUUGAAGAAGUACCGCAACACCAUCUGUGGGCGUCACCCGAUUGGAGUGCUGCUAAAUGCUGUGGCUGAGCUGAGGAAGUCUGGUUUAGAAAUGAACUUCACUUUCCUGAACUACGCCCAGUCAAGUGAGUGCAGGAACUGGCAGGACAGCUCCGUGAGUUACGCUGCUGGGGCGCUCAUCGUUCAUUGAGGUCGACUUUCGCAGGGGCCACUGCAGCGCCGUCCUGUCCUUACUAUCUAUCGCCAUAACCUGACCCUGACACCCUCCCUCUCACCCCGCCCCACCUCCCCAGUUAUGCCCACUAUUUGCAGGAAGGACCUACACACUCGAAAGCCAAUACAGUCUUCUUUCUCUGUCUCUCCCUCGGCUCUCCUCCACCUUUCUCUCAGUUUGAAGUGUGUCUCAGAGCUUUUGGUUGAUACAUUUUGCUUGAAGUGCAGUUUUGAGAUUAUGUUGGAGCAAAUGGUUUGAGGAAAUGUGAGGAGUACAUAUUGAUUUGGCUCCGAGUAAGCGUUGGGGAGGGGGAAAUCUUAUUUGGGUUUUUGCAAGGACUGUAGUUGUCCUCUUAGUCCAGGGGUGUCAAACUCAAUUUCAUCUCGGGGCCACGUCACCAUUGUGGUUGACUUCAAAGGGCCAGUUCUAACUAUAAGACUAUAUUAAAUGUAUCUACUCUCUCAUACCACAUAAUUUCCUCUGCAAUCAAUUAUUAUUAGUUUUAAUAAUAACUUCACUUUCACCAGUCCAACCAAGCCAGUUAUUUACUACACAUGGCAGGCACGCCAUCGAUAAUAAGCCCCACCAACUUCAACUUGUAUUUUAUAAUGAUCAUAGUCUUUGGGUCACAUAAAAUGAAGUGGCAGGCCUUGAGUUUGACACCUCUGUCUUAGUCCCUUUUUCUUUUCCUGACAAAAGAUGAUGAGUUGUAAUGAAAUCUUUACAUUUGGACUCUUGGCAAUCUGUGCUCAUGUAAUUUGCCUCAGAAAAGGAAUGAAAAUAAAACUGCAGAUCUUAAUGGAGAAUACUGAAAUGUUGCCAGAUGAAAAUGAAACGAGUCUUUUGACUGACUGCUUUAAGCUACAUGCAACUUAAAUUUUGAAAAGUGUCAUAGGUAAUUACUACUGUCUCAUAACAUAUUGUAGUUGCUAACAAAGGGCUGCAACAAAGUUCACUAACCCCCUACUGUACAAAACCAAAAACAUUAUUACUCUCAUAUUAGUUUAUUAAAUAUUAUCGUUUACUCAUAUUAUAUUCCUUUUAUUUCUCCCUUUUUUAGUAGUUUUACUAGAUGUGAGUAUUUACUCAAGUAGUGUGUAGACUUGAUGAAAAGCAGUGCUGUCCAUUUAGCUCUAAAGCCAACAACAUGGUUUACCCGUUAAAUUAGUGCGUGCAACACUGCUCCCAGAUUCCAAUUAUACGCUUGUAGCAUUAUAGAUAUGUUCUACUAGGGCCAGACUGCAGCUGUGGGUGCCACCAAAAUGUAAUCAAAGCUGGAUAUUGUGUAAAUGACUCCAACACUUGACACCUCUAGUCUUUGUUUACACUGCCACCUUGAAUCUCUGUAGUUAUUGAAUUGUCCGUAUAGGAGACUUGAGCAAAGAUUUCCUUUUUUUUUUUUUGCUAGUCUUGUAGAAAAUGUCUUUUGUUACUUAUUCAGCAGAGUUUUUGUUUUGGCCUGAACAAAGUAGCAAGGUCAUAAAGGCAUAGACGGUCUGCUUAAAUUGUAGGAAGUGUUACUAAAUCUGUUUACUAGUUAAUAAUUAACAUGUCUUUUUGUUAAUAUGUUUUGAUUUAAGAAUGCCAAAUGUUAUUGGGAAGAUUUAAAGUCUUCAUCCUUAUUUCCCAGUUUUGUUACCUCUCAGUCAAUGAGAAUUCACCUCACUCUUGAGGAAGUAAGUUUUAAGAUCAGGGCACAGUCAUAAUCAUUUAGGUUUAAAAAUCUGUCCAGGAAAGUGACAGCUGUUGCUCCCUGCUCUAUUUUGGAUUUAUUGGAUGUGAACCUGUAAAAAACAACAACAUGAAUUUAUGAAAAGUCAAGCAAAAUGGUCACAGUCAUUAAGAAAAGAAAUGAAAAUGAAACGAAUCUUUUUCACAGUUAGUAGCUAGCUGUGUAGUCCAGCUGCCUGUAAUAUUUUCAUAGGUUAACAAACUGCACACAAAACCUGGUGAUUCAUAGUGGCAGUACAGGCUUUCAGUGACAGUACAUGACAGUCACAUCACUCAUCACUGACUGACUUUUGCUGCUGAAGUCAAGUAUUCCCAUUGAAAUGAUGCAGUCCUCUAACAUUGGUCCCCCUCUCUUGGCACCAUAAGCAUUAAGCUACGAUAUCUGGCUGAACCAAGUGAGCACAGACUGAAAGAUGAAUCCCCAGACUCACUUGACCUCUGACGUUUAAGGGAAACUAGUUAAGCAUGACACACUGUGCUAUUGUGCCUUUUAUCACUGUUGCACAUAUACAUAUAAAGCGUAUUCUCACUUUUAGUCUUAUUUUAGAAUGUGUAUUUUCAGUUUUUGUUUUUCCACAUGUACCCCCCCUUACUCCCCACCCCCCUUUUUUGCCCAGUGCCCGACAAUUGUCUCCAGCUCACCCAGCACUCCGGGAGUGUUUGACCUGUCCCUCUCAUCUGUUGGUCUAAAAUGGCACCAACUGUUAUCUCCUUUCUCCAGCAGGGAGUGGUGUUCUGUUUUCUCCACCUCACCUCAUUCCUGUAGAGAGAGACAAAGGCUGAACCUCAACACUGUUUUUUGUUUAUGGAUCUUUGUUUGUCUUUUAGAAAUGGUUUUUUGUAUUAUUAUGAUUUUUUUUCUUGCUUAGAGAAUGGGAACUUACACGUCACAAACCUAAAAUAUACUACUUAACUACUCCAUCAAUGGAGUUGUUUUGAUCUCAGGUUCCACUGACAAAGCAUCCCACAAGGCUCUUCAGAUGAGGCCGAGGAUUCAUGUUACAAAACAAGUAAAAUGUACUGAAAAGCA